AUGACAGGAAACCUGAGUCAGGUUUUUAGGGCCUUGGGCCUGUUCGGGCUAAAGAAGUUUGGCUCUGCCUCAGCAGCUCCUGUGCAGCACAGCUACAGAAGUGCCCGCAAGUUCACAGACAAGCAUGAAUGGAUAUCUGUUGAAAAUAGCAUUGGAACAGUAGGAAUCAGCAAUUUUGCACAGGAAGCAUUAGGAGAUGUUGUUUACUGUAGUCUUCCAGAAAUUGGGACAAAAUUGAGUAAACAUGAUGAGUUUGGAGCUUUGGAAAGUGUGAAAGCUGCUAGUGAACUCUACUCUCCUCUCUCAGGAGAAGUGACUGAGAUUAAUGAUGCCCUUGCAGAUAAUCCAGGGCUUGUCAAUAAAUCCUGUUAUCAAGAUGGUUGGCUUAUCAAGAUGACUGUGGAAAACCCUGCUGAACUUGAUGAACUGAUGAAUGAAGAUGCCUAUGAGAAAUACAUAAAAUCCAUUGAGGACUGAGCUGGAAUAAUGGAAUAAAUCCAUAUAAAAUA